AUGGAAAGUGAUGAAUUUGAUAAUCCUGGUAUUUUGAACAUUCACUCAAGACCAGAUGAUGGCCCGUCAGCGUUGAAUUCAACAAUUCUUGAUUAUUACAAAAAGUUUGGUCGUAAAAGGGAUUUAGAGCAGUACUUUUCUUUAUCGACAGCUCAGGGUGACGUUAGGGACCCUUCGAGCUUGUUUUGGAGGAGAAUGAAGUCUCAAAGCGAUUCAGAGUCGGGAGAGAAGAGCCGUGAGUCGUCUACUGAAAUUUGCAGAAUAUCUAUUAAAUGCUCGCUUCUAGACCAAGAACCUUGCACUUCACAGGAUGAAAACACUCAACCGAAAGAAGAAAAUAAUGACUCCGCAUCACCGCCUAUCAUCACGGAAUAUGUAGAUGAAGAUCAGCUUAAUAUUUCCAGAACUUCAGAUAACGAAUCUGUGAAAUCUGAUGAUAACCAUUCACAGAAAUCGGUCGACGUCACCUUAGAUACAUCACUGAACAAACCACCAUCGCCAACUAGCAGUGUGACGUCUCAGCGUAAGCUAGAGUGGGAUUCCUUAGCAGAUGUUGGUUAUGCUAAUGAAAGUGACAGAAAAAACUCAGCAUCAAGUCUGAGUACUCUAGAAAGACUUGCACUAAAGCAACAGUAUUCAAAUAGUGACGCAAAACAAGAAUCUAAUAUAGGAUUACCCACAGCUCACUCUACACCAAUGGACCUUAACGAAUCUAAAGCUAAAAAGCCAUCGAAAACGACAAAAAUUUAUCGACGGGAUAUUGACCUCGUUGAAGUAAACUUACCUGAAUGUUCCAACUUAAAUUCAGGACAAUCUAUCAAUGUGAACUUGACAAAACACAUAUCUUUCAGUAUGGAGAAAGAUGGUGGAAUAAGUGUAGAUGAGAAGAAAAAGGAUUUAUCUGUUAUACCUGAGAAAGUUGCAGUAAAAACAGAUGUGAUUCCACAAGUUAUCGAUAAAGAAGUUCAAACUUCUCUAAUAAAAGAAAAGGAGAAGUCUAGUAGUUCAGCUGAAGUACCAAAAGCUGGAGAGAUAUAUGGUCAAGGUGUACCUGUGUUGAUUAAUCUGAACGCCUUUAGACAUAGAAACAGAAGGAAGAAAGUGGCGACAAUGAGAAAGAAGCCUAGAAGGCGAAAGAGAUUUGAAGCCAACAAAGAAAAUCUUCCCGUUCAAGAAAAAAGUGGUGAACCAGUUUCUGAUGCCGAAAGUUUCGAAUAUAUGCCUGGACAUAUUUAUAAUCAAAAUAAAAUAAAUAAAGAUGAACCAAGACCUCAUCAAUCUGCUGGAAAUAAAUCUAGUUUAGAAUCUAGUGGCGUAGUUACUACUGAUUCAAGUAAAGAAUCCAAAAAAUCUUUUACUAAAGAUUUAGAGAAAAGCAUCAAUUUACUUAAAGGGGCAUUGCAGAAACGUUAUAAUGACUCUAAUUUAAAGGAACGACUAGUCAAAGAAGUUGUGCAACAAUUACUUAAAGCUAAUUACAGAGAUGAAGAUAGUACUACAGAAUUUCUAUCAGGAUUGAGUUUCAGUAGCAAAAAAAUAGGUUUAAAGGAAGACCCUACUACUAGCACUUCUGAUGCAAAUAAUACAGCAGAAGAAGUGAAACCGUCAAGACCACGAAAAUCAAUUUUGAGACCUGAUAAAUUCAGUACAAGUGCUGUAGCUUCAACGUCACAGAGCACUCCUAACUUAGCUUCUGUAUCCACUAGAGAACCUGUCAUUUCGAGUAAUGCUAAAACUUUGCUAACAUCUAAUACUGAGUCAGACGUGUCUAGCAAGGAGAAAACAUCAUCUGAGGAGCUGUAUCAAAAGUAUUUAGAUGCUUUGAGGAAAGAAGAAGCCUAUAAGAAACAUUUGCGAGAUAAAGAAAUGUUUUUGAAGCAAAAACGUGUGUGUUCAGAUGCUACUUUCAACUUUCCCUCACGACUCGAUGCAAAAAGUCAAAACAGAAUAAAAAAUUUAAUGAAAGAUUUGACAAGAAAUAAUUAUGAUGACGGUUCUGGUGACGCAAGUAAAUUAGAAGGAGGCUCCAGCUCGGGAGUCAAUAUAAGAUAUCCAAUAGGGAUGAAACAGAGAAGCCAUUCUGUAUUCACUCUUUCAUCUGGUAAUUCUGAAAGUCAUAGAAAGGCUCAAACUAAAAAAAGCGAAGGAAAAGAGUCGCCGAGAAAAAAUGAAUCCCCUCCAGCUGGCUCUAGUAGAAAGGAUGGUGUUCAAUCACUCCAUCCACCAAACCUGAAAUUUUGUGAUAGUUCCACUCAGGUAAACAUAAAGAAAGAUAAAGCAAAACAUCUCGAUGCAACAAGUAACAUGGUGAAUGAGAGUGUCGAAACGACGAUGCAUACAAAACGAUUUCCACAGUUUCUAUUGGAUCCCAAUGGCGAAAUAAAGUAUGUUUGUGUGUGCAAUGGUGGCAAUAUGGAAGAUAUUCCGAAAGUGUCUGACAAUUUUAAGAUAUACAAAUGUUCUCCAUUAGAUACCAAAUCACACGAUAUACAAACUUCAAUGGAAGUCAAGCAAAGUCAACAUGAUGUUCUUGCAUCUUGUAAUCGUACAAACAACACAAAACAAAAAUCUGUUGUUGGAAAAGACUGCGCAAUUUUUUCUAAGUGCUCACAAACCAAUAUAGAAUAUGAAGCCGACAGUUCUAAAGGAAAUCGCUGUACAGAAAUGUAUUGGGUUCAUGAGGGUGUCAGAUGUAUUCAAACAGAAAUAAGCAUUGAUCCGAAAAUUCCAGAGGCUUGCUUGUCUGAUAUAAAGAUGAUAAAUGAUACAGAUUGUGCUCAGUUAAUUUACGAACAGUACAGGCAGAAAUCAAAAUUGAGUAUUAACUCUGAGACUAAUAAAACUGUGAGUUCGGAAAAUUCUAAUGCUUUAGUUACUGUAUCCAGUGGUACUUGUCCUACAAGGGUGGGUUUAGAACUUAACCGACCUGCAACAGAUUAUAAACAAGGAAAUCGUCAACAAGUGGAAUUUACAGAUAAUGUACAUAUUGGAAAUCUCAACAAAAAGUUAACAGUGACUGUGGGUACCAAUGCAAAUGAUUUGAUUAAAACACCAGUACAAGUAGCAUGUCAGAGUAUUCUAACAGAUCAAGUGAAAACGAAAGAUAACAUUACUUCUUUGAUUGAGGAAUGUUCCAAAGGUAAUCAGUAUCAAAAAAUACCUGAAGCUAAUCCUGUUCUGACUAUGCCUUCACAAAAUUACGUUGUCAAUACUUUGUUUACAAGAGAAGUGGUAAAACCAAUCGAUACCCAACCAAUUAAUAAACCAUUUCUAUGCUCAAACACAGAUUCCAAUGUAUUAAACAAUGGUGAAAGACGCAGUGAACUGAUUAAUGAAAUUCUUGCUGUCACCAACGUAACAGACGGUAGUCAACAUCAAUGUCAGCAUUUAGGCUAUUACACCUAUCCUAUAGUAAAACCAUUUGAUGCUAAUAGCGGCAAGUUUGAAUUGCGUUAUGGAUCUGAUUGUGACCAUGCCACAUACCAUGGAGUUAUUGAAAUGAAGGGUACCCCCAGGAAAUGUUAUGAUUGCCAAGAAUCAAGUUGUACAGGGACUUGUAUGAAGGAUGCAUUAUUUACAAACAAUAAGCCGAAUCUUUGUUAUGGUGAAGAUUUAAGAAAAUGCAAUAAAUCAAAUAAAUGUACUGAUACGGACCCAAUAAUUGAUGUAAAUAAAUGUCAAUCGUGUAGGUCAUCUAUUUGUAAGGGAAUAAGUGAUGAAACUAGCGUUUGCCAAAAACAGAGUCUCGUGUCGUACUCAGACGCGAGAUGUGGUACUUCGGAUGAAAACACGCUAGAAGAAAGAAAAUAUGACAAUGUGGAAACGGAUGUAACCGGCCGACUCUGUGAUACUGAGUGCAAAAAGCCAAAAGGUACCCUUCGUUUUGCUUGUGGUGAGAAUGAUUUUCGAAGUGAUGCUUUUGCUGGAAGUCCAAAAAAAAGUGUACGCAUAGAAUCUUGUUUACCAAAGGUGAAUGCCGCGGCGAAGGAAAAAUGUGAUUAUCCUGAAACUGCAGAUUGUACGGAAUCUUGUGAUAGUACCGCUAAAUGUAUGAAAGAAUUUCCUGUUAGAAAAGAGUUUACAUCGUACGAGCCAGAAAGGAGUGCAAUAACUAUGAAGAAAAACCUUGUUAGUCGCACUAUAGAAAAAGAGAGCGCUCCAAAUUGCGCGGAAAAUAAUAAAUCUAAAUUAGUUUAUCCCGAAAUUCCAAAAUGCGGUACUUGUGGCGAGGGCACUCCAUGUAUAGAAAAACCCACUGUUCGUGAAGAAUUUACUCCAAUAAGCAAAGAAACCGGUCCGAUUGGUGGAGCGACCAGUCCGAUUGGUAGACCGAUAAGUCCAAUUGGUCGAGCGACUUGUCCUAUAAGUCGAGCGACUAGUCCCAUCAGUCGAUCGACGAGUCCGAUUAUAAGAGCUACCAGCCCGAUUGCUAGAGCCAUCAGCCCAAUUGGUAGAGCGACCAGUCCGAUUGGUAGAGCGACCAGUCCGAUUGGUAGAGCAACCAGUCCAAUUAAUAGAGCAACCAGUCCAGUUCCCACAGAACCGAUCCAACGUAAAUCACCUAUCCCGGCUCGUCGAGUAGCCAAUACGAAAAAUGACACUGCUUCUGAAAACUCGCGAAAAGGCAAAACUUCUGGCACUUCAUGUCAUUCUGAGGGAAUGCCUAAGCGAAGGUGUAUUUGUUCUCGGACCGCUAAAUGUGGUGGAUAUUGUACUAAAACCGCUAAGUGCAUGAUACCACGACCUAAACUAAACCAGCCAGGUAAAGGGGAUCAUAUUGAAACAGAUUCUGGAAAAUCAGACAGAAGUAGUCAAACUUUAAGCGAAGAGAGAAAAUCGUCGUGCCCCUGUCCAGCAUCCUCAGAAUGUAUGGGUGCCUGUGGAUACGAUGCUGCGUGCGCCGUUGAAACUAAUAUCAAAUUAAAUGCAGAUUCUGUUAUUGGCAAUCCACAAGAAGAUAAAAUAACUCCGCUUAACCGAAGUACGAGUAAGAAUUAUAGUGAUGACUCUGAAGCGCCUAGCUCUAAAAAUAUUAUCAAAGAAAUGAUACAAGACUUGACGAGACGUUACUCAAAAAAAUCUAUACACAAAAGUGAGAAAAAGAAAUGCUUUAAAGAGAUAAUGACGCUUUUGAACUAUCUUUUGGACACAGAAGAAGAAAGUACUGAUGUUGAUAUUGCGCGAGCUUUUGAAAGUGGCGUCUCAGAUAAUGUAACGUCUAAAAAAAGAUCUGAAUUUAGUACUUAUGAAAACAAUAUGAAAACACAGAAUAUAUUAGAAAGUUCAAAAUAUAGUUCAAGAAAAGUAAAUUAUUCGGAUUCGUCUUCGCCAGAUAUACAAAGGUCGCAACAUGUUUCUGGCAGCGAUUCACGCAUCAGAUCCACUGAACAUUCGAAUACUCGUCGACCAGUUUCUCCGUCUCUGGAUCAUCCUGACUCCCGCUCUCCUCAGCGUAAUAGAACUCCCACCCGCAAUACUUCUCCCGCUCGGAACACUUCUCCUUUACGGUCUACAUAUCCUAAUUCUGAUAUCGAACACAAAAGUUCAAGCGAAGGCAAGAAUGAACUUUCUAGUCGAAAAAAGAGCACUGCUCAAGAUGAUGUAUCCGACUAUCGCCGAAAAGAACUACAGCACGACAGAGAUAAAAAAUCAGAAAAAGAAGGGAUUUCUUUCAGUAACAGACUCCACCGAGACGAGUCGGAUAGUGAGAGAGCGGCGUGUGCUUGCCGCAGCAACUGUGGAGACAAAAAUUGUCACUGUGAAAAGAAAAAGUCUGUAAAAGAUAUUGGUGUUCAACUGGAUUCAAGGAAACGCUACAGAGAUUGGCAUACCGAAUCAUCUGAUGUUCCAUUUUCUACAGAUUUGCCCUCUUCGGAUUCCGCUACUUGCAAGGUUCUAAAUAAAAUCAGGAAGGAAUGUGAAAAGUAUCAACAAAGACGUUGUAAGUCCCAUCAUUCGAAAAGAUGUGAGAUUUCUAGUAGCACCUCUUUGAGUUGCGAGCAAUGCAAACGAGCUUAUCAUUGCCAAUGGAAACAACUUAGAUGCAAAUCAUGCAAAAAAAGUGAGAAGAAAAAAAAUGUCGGCUACAAUUUGUUUAUCCAGACUUCGGAUAGCAUAAUUAGCGAAGAACUGCCGUUUCCGAAUUCUUGUCGGCCGCUAAUGAAAAAUAUAAUAUUAAAGGUGCCCCGAAAUAAGAAGGUGUUAGGAGAAAAGGUUCCUUUCCAAGAAAUUACAUGUAAUAUCCAUAAACAACAACAGAGUCCUCGUGGCGACGCAAAAACUAGAUCGAAGAGUGCACCGAAUGAUCCAACAGUUCGAGAUUAUUUGGAGCAAAAUCGCCCAGAUUUCAUUCAACAAUGUCUGACACGACAAAAAUGCUUGAAGAUGAUUAGUGAAUCUAGAGCCAAUGAGCGUACAGCAGUGCGGAACUUGUUGUCAAUGCAACUGCAGCUGGACGCCCAAUCAACACUGAAAGCAUUAUCCGAGGCUGACCUGCGACAACUCGCUCAGCAGCUCGGCGUAGACCCCAAGUGUAAGACAGUGCCACCAAAAUUCAUAAGUGAACGUGAAAUGAAAAAACAUUCCCAAAAUAUAUACAAAACAUUACCAGAAGUACAGAAGAAGAAAGAAGAGAUGAAGAAGGAGAGAAUAAAAAAAACUAAUUUGCUGCUGGCUAAUAUUUUUAAGAAGAAUCUCCAAAAGAAAACUCUACGGGGUAACGUGAACAUUUCCAACUACAAUACGGUGGUGAAAAUUUGACAUUAAUACUAAAAAAAAACACAGCUCAUGUCAUUAUGAGUAAUUUUAAAAGAGAGUCACAAAAUUGAAUAUACACUCCCGGACACAUAAUUGCCACGUUGCAUUUUUAUCCUUAAAGGCCUACAAUAUAAAAAUAUAGUUAUCAUCGAAGAAAAAGUUUUCUCCGGUUAGGAAAUGUCAUUUAGUAUUCCAGUUUCAAAAUUGCAUGAUAGCAUUUUUGAGCAAUCAAGCAUUAUUUAAGCUAAGCAUUUAAUAUUGAAAAUGUAAGGUGGUUCGAAUUAUGUGUCGACGAGUAUAUUAUUGUAUAGAAUUUAGAAAGAACAAGAUUUUCUAAGCUUGGUAUUAAACGCGUGUCUUGCUUAACUUGACGUUGGCGGAAUCUUUGUAUCGGUGAAGCUACAACACUUUAAAAAAGAACAGACAAGUAACGACACUUGAUCACUUUAUUUGGAACUGUAUAGACAUUGACGAUAUGUGGUCGUUUAUUUCAUUU